UACUCCGGCAGUCGAGCUCUGCUCUUUUUUCCUCCUCCCCUCCUCUCCGUGCAGGGUAGCUGCCUGAGCCCAGGGUUUCGGCGCCGGUCUCGCGGGUGCGCAAAGGCGUCGUGUCGGCUGCCCGUGUCAUGUGGAUGUCCCCGGCGCAGCCCGUGACGGGAGCCCCGUGCUGAAGAUGGAUGAUUUGGCUCUGCUCGACCUGUUGGAGUGCCCAGUGUGCUUUGAAAAGCUCGACGCCACAGCAAAGGUGCUGCCGUGCCAGCACACUUUCUGCAAGCCCUGUCUGCAGAGGAUCCUGAAAUCCCAGAAGGAGCUCCGGUGCCCUGAGUGCAGGACGCUCGUCCUCUGUGGCAUCGAGCAGCUCCCGUCCAACCUGCUGCUCAUUCGCCUGCUGGACGGAGUCAGAUACGGACAGAAUGUUCCCCGGUUCGGCUCAAUGCAGAGGUCGGGGCUCCUGUCCUCCCCCGCCUCCAUCCGGAGGCUGCCGCGGGGUCUGCAGCUCCACCAGCACCGGCUGGCGACCAGCCCCAGGAUCCACAUGGAUGGGGUUCCACGAGCCAAGGCACUGUACACCUACCGAGGGCACAAUCCCGGCGAGCUGAGGUUCAACAAAGGGGACAUCAUCAUGCUGCUCCGACAGCUGGAUGAGAACUGGUACCUGGGCGAGGCCAACGGGAUCAGCGGUGUCUUCCCAGCCAGCUCUGUGCAAGUCAUCAAGCACCUGCCCCUGCCACCACCCCUCUGCAGAGCACUUUACAACUUUGACCUGAGAAGCAGGGACAAAAGUGAAAACAAAGAGUGCCUGACAUUUCACAAGGGUGAUAUCAUCACCGUCAUCAGCAGAGUUGAUGGAAACUGGGCAGAGGGCAAGUUAGGCGACAAAGUAGGGAUCUUCCCUGUCCUGUUCGUGGAGCCCAACACGACGGCCAGGCAGCUCCUGCAGACCAGCAAGAGCCACUGGCCGCCCCCGUUUAAGUGCGCGUCGCUGCGAACGGCCUCUCCCAAAGCGAAGGGCAGGGAGCCGCCCGCGCUCCACAAGGCGCCCGACUCCCGGCGGAAGAGCCUGCGGCCGUUCUCCAUCACCACCGCCCUCAACACCCUGAACCGCAUGGUGCACUCACCCGCCGACCGGCCGGUGCUGGAGAUCAGCUCCCCGGUGCUCAUCAGCUCCAGCAACCCCAGCGUGGCCACCCCCAGCAGCGAGCAGGCGGACGCCCCCCAGGGCCCCCCUGCCCAGGUCAGUGCAUCUUACUACCCUGCUUCAGGAUCGCUGGGGCACUCAGCAGCCAUUGUCACUCUCCCCCACCUGCAGCACCACCUGUCAGCCAACAUGUGCGUGGCUCUGCACUCCUACAUGGCUCAUGGGCCGGACGAGCUGGAGCUGCAGAAAGGAGAAGGGGUCCGCAUCUUUGGGAAGUACCACGACGGCUGGCUGCGGGGCAUGUCGCUGGUCACGGGGAGAGUGGGCAUCUUCCCCAGCAACUACGUCGCUCCUCUUUUCAGGAAGCCCAGCCUCUCCGACUCGAAGCUGCCUUCCCUGUACGCCUCGUGGACGCUGUCGACCUCCUCGCUCUCUUCCCAGGGGAGCAUCUCGGAGAGCGGCCAGCGGCAGAGCCGGCCGCUGAAGGUGGCUGCGCUGCCCGUGCCCGUGCCCUCGCCCGGCAGGAGCGCGGGGCUGGGGGGCACGGGGCAGGCGUCGCUGCGGCGCGGCCGCGGCAGCACCAGGAAGAAUGGGUCCCUGCAGAGGCCGGGGCAGCCAGGGGGCCCCGUGCAGGCUGCCGGCUCCCUGCGGCGUCCUCCCACGGCCACGGUGCGCCCGCUGCAGUUUCAGCUCUAUCAGCACAUCAGCGCCCAGCCGCACAGCAUCCCUCCUGGAGCUGGCGUGGCUGAGGCAGGAAUGAGGCCAAACUUCUCCCACGAUGCUUCACCACUGCUUGUGGUCAGAGGAGGGGAAAGCAGAACGCCUUCCGUCUGCAGCUCAGUGAUCCUGGAUGCCAAAGACCCUCCAGCAAAGAGUGAGCCAGCCCCAAAGCCGCCUGCAUCAGCUCCACCGUCCAUCCUGGUGAAACCAGACACCUCCCGGAACAGCACCGAAAAGCAGGUGAAGACGGUGAGGUUCCAGAACCACAGCCCCCCGCCGCCCAAGCGGCACAGCCUGCAGCCCUCCCCGCGCCUGCUCCGCAGCAGGACAGAGCCGGCACCCGUGGUGGAGCCCCCGCUGCCCGAGGGGAGCCCGCCGGGCCCCGAGCUGCCAGCGCUGCCCUCACCCCGGCUCGGCACCAGCCCUCUGCACCCACGCAGGGCGCUGCACCCAAAGGCGGCAUCGCUGGACCUCUCGGGCCAGCUGACCUUCCCCAUCAGGAAGAGCUACAGCAGCGUCUCCGCGAACUGACGACUCUCUUCAGCCCAGUUUCCCCGGUGAAGAGAGGUUGGACACCAGCACCGUGCCCCUGCUGCUGCAUCUCCUCCAGCAGGCCGGGAAGGGCCGGACCCCCCCCGUGCUGCUCCCUGCAGCGGCCCCGGCCCCGCUCACUGAACUGCCCAGGCUCAGCCCUGCCUCACCAUGACCCAGCUCAAAGGAAACAACAUCGGGAAAGGAAAAAUACAACUGCAACUGUACUGCAGCACAAUGCAUUUCUGUAAUGAAAACACAUUGUUCUCUGCCUCCCCGGCUGAAUGCAAAGGCACUCGGUUGCUGGGGCUCCGACCGUCUGCAGCAUCGCAUUGUCAGGGAGCGCAGGGAAAGAGCUCUGGAAAAGCACACAGGGUAGCACACGGGGACAGAGGGACCCUUAACGAACCUCUCUCAAGUCCCUGAGUUGGGCUUAUUUUCUAUCUGCUCAUUUCUUAUGAUUAGUUAAUGAAUUGGAGCUGAAUCAGACCAUUCAUCAGCUCUGCUUUAAUUGCCUGCCUAGCCUGGCAGAAACCUUGGAGCACUUCAGUAAGUAACCUACCCCCCUGAGCUUGAACUGCAGUCAUGUUUCCUGAUGAAUUACGAACAAAGGCAGCAGAGGUAACAAAACAGCAUUAACUAACUCCGUCCCCACACUUCACGCAGUGGACAACUCGUCUCAGGCACAGGGGUGAGGGGAGCCCCCCAGCCUCCCAGAGCUGCACCCAAAGGGCUCCCUCCCACCACUGCCCUGGGGAAAAUAACGGCGAUAGCGCUCCUCAGGAGGGAAUUCUGCACGGCCAUCUCAGGGGGAAGCUGGCAGGCUGCUCUCCUAGGAGCCUGAGAACUGUAGCCAGACUGGGGUCUAUGAAACGUCCCUGGGGACCAGCAGCCUGCUCUGUGGUGAAGGGGAUCUCGUUAUUCCUUGGUCAGAGGACACGAGUCACGUAAGAGGAUGCUGCAUCCAAAGCAAUGCCAUGCCUUUAUGAUCACAUCUUGUCACGUGCUGAAAAAUUACAGAAAGGUGCUACUGGAAACAGCGUUGACUUCAAGAGGGCAAGGGCAGGCUCGAGGCUUUGCAGGCUGGAACCACGUUGGUCUGACAAACCCAAGUGCCACCGGUAGCUCAAUAAUUACGAAACCCUGCUGGGCUGUGAUUUCUAUGUCUUCCAGUUGCUGAGCCUUUGACAGUCAUUCUCAAGAGUUUCUUCCUCUUUUAUAAAUGCAAGUCAAGGGUUUGUUUUUUCUUUCUUAGAUGAUCACGAUUGCAAGAACAUGAGACUUUUAAAAAGGUAUCGCAAUACCACUAAGUUAGUGAAAAACCACGUUGUGCAACACCAGUAUUUACUUCUUUCACUCUCCCAACCACCCUGCGCUCCCUUUAGUAAUGGGUCAUUUCCUAAAACAUUAGAAAACAAACAAACAAACAUUAAGGCUGUAGCUCAUUGAGACAUCCAAGCCGUGAUAUAUUCUCAGUCACCAGGUGCUCUAAUGAACACUUAUUUCCACGUGUUUCAUUUCCUGACUUGAUCUUGUUUAGUUUUUCAUAAGCCACCAACCCAAAACCACAACAGUUAAAGCACCAAGCACCUCAGCUAGAUUCAGAAAAAAAAAAAAAAAAAAAAAAAAGAAAAAAAAAA